AUGCGACGCCGUAUAUCGUCGCGGGAGGGGUUUUCGCGCAGCAGUUCACAGCAGUCUGACAAGCAACAGCAGCAGCAGCAACAGCAGCACGAGCAGCAGGAGCAGCAGCAGGCGUCAGAUCAGGCACAACAGCAGGAGGCAGCAACAGUGGCAUUAGCAGCAAUUGGUGAUGCUCCAGCGGCAGCAGAGAAGGGUGAUACGCUGAAUACUGCCCUCCACACCACUGGACGAAGCGCGACACGAGAGCGUCUCCUGCAUGCAGAUAGCCUUAAGAACCAAGACAGGCAUGUCCUUUUCUGGGUCUAUGUUUCCAUCUGUGUUGCUGUUUCUCUCCGUGUCAGCCUCUGCCUCUGUCGCUUCGUCAGUCUUCGUCUCUGUCUCGCCAUUUUCUGCCUGCCUGUCUUUGUCUCUACCUUGUGUCUAUUCAGCUGUGCUGCAGACCGACGGAGCGCCUCCGCGCGGGCGCUGCUACUGGGGAGGCCCCCUCAGGCCCGGGCACCUUGUCCCUUCCCUGCGGAUUUGAUGCCCCUCAUGGAGGCCCCUGUAGCAGACAGACCGGAGCUCUUCAGAAAGAAGCUUGCGGCUUGUUGUAUUGUGUAUGACUUCGAGUCGCCGGACUUUGCGCGGGACAAAGACCUGAAGAAACGGGCACUCGUGGAGAUUGUCGAGUACGUGAACAGCACGCGACACUGUUUUUCGGAGCAGGUUUUGCAGGACGUGAUGGACAUGGUCUCUGCGAACAUAUUCCGCCCUCUGCCGCCGUCGCAGCACCGGGGCGCAGCGCUGCUGGAGGCGGAGGAAGAGGAGCCGCAGCUGGACAGCGCGUGGCCUCACAUUCAAAUCGUGUACGAGUUCUUCCUCAGAUUCAUCGUCUCAAACGACGUCAGCGCUAAACUUGCCAAGAAAUUUAUCGAUCACCAAUUCGUCCUAAAGUUUCUGGAGCUCUUCAGCUCAGAAGACCCCCGCGAGAGGGACUACUUAAAGACCAUUCUACACAGGAUUUAUGGGAAGAUUAUGGCAUUGAGGUUCUUUGUGCGGAAGAGCAUUCAGCAGGUUUUCCAUCGCUUUGUUAACGAACAAGAGUCUCCCAACGGCAUAUCAGAACUCCUUGAAAUACUCGGCAGCGUCAUUAACGGCUUCGCCGUCCCCUUGAAGGCGGAACACAAGCUGUUUUUGGAGCGGGUCUUGUUGCCUCUGCAUAAGGCCAGGUCUCUCGCUGCAUUUCACAAGCAACUCACGUACUGCAUGGAGCAGUACGUCGCGAAGGAAAGUCGCGUGGCGGUACCGAUAAUCCUCGGGAUGGUCCGGUUUUGGCCUGCUUGCAACGCCCCCAAAGUGGUGUUAUUUCUUAAUGAGCUGGAGCACGUGUUGCAGGAGACGCAGCUACCCGAGUUUCAGGAGGUAAUGCUGCCUUUGUUUACACGGCUGGCAGAGUGCAUUCAGUCGCCUAACUUCUUAGUGGCGGAGCGGGUCCUGUUUCUGUGGAACAACGAGAAGAUCGUUAGACUAAUAAAUCUCAACAGGCCGGAACUGUUUCCCAUCAUAAUAGGGGCCUUAUUUCGGAGCUCGCAGCAGCACUGGAGCGUUACUGUACACACUCUUACCUACAAUGUCUCAAAAUUGCUGGCACAGGCGGACACGGCCCUCUUUGACGAAUGCAGUAGCCGAUUUGUGGCUGAAGAGAAACGGCGAAAGGAACAGGAAGAAGAGAGAGCCCAGCGGUGGGCUGAGCUGGAGGCGGAGGCUGCAGCCAAGGGGAGUUGGAGGGCAGCUGCUGACGGUUGCGAAGACUACAAUAUAAGGGCCCCUCGAGUCGUGCAGUACCUUUGGUUGGCCCAUCGAGCACCGUAUUGUGUGUGGUGA